AAGUUUAGCUCAACAAACAAGCAAAAGGCAAAGGCGAAAUCUUUAAGCUAAGUUUACUCGUGAGUGAAAGCAAAAGAAAAGAAAAGAAAGAAUCUCAAAUUUCCUCUUCCUCCACGAUUCUCUCUCUGUGUUUUUUUCUUUAUUUGGGUGUUUCUCUCCAUCAAAGUUGGAGCUUUGGAUAAUUGGAUAUACUGAAAAUGGCAAGUUUGAAUCUUGGUCCUGUUUUGCCUGCAAAGUCAAGGCUCUCUCUGUUUGAACAUAAUGGAUCUCUUUUUGUUUCUAGAAGAAAACCCAAGAAGAAGAACCAAGCUAUUGUCCCUGUAGCGAGGUUAUUUGGGCCAGCAAUAUUCGAAGCAUCGAAGCUAAAGGUUUUGUUUCUAGGAGUUGAUGAAAAGAAGCACCCAGGGAAGCUACCCAGAGCUUAUACCCUUACCCACAGUGAUAUAACAGCUAAACUCACUUUAGCCAUCUCUCAAACCAUAAACAAUAGUCAGUUGCAGGGUUGGUCAAACAAAUUAUACAGAGACGAAGUGGUGGCGGAAUGGAAAAAGGUGAAAGGAAAGAUGUCUUUACACGUUCAUUGUCACAUAAGCGGUGGCCAUUUCCUCUUGGACUUAUGUGCUAGACUUAGAUACUUCAUCUUCUGCAAAGAACUCCCUGUGGUACUGAAGGCAUUUGUACAUGGAGAUGGGAAUUUGCUGAAAAGCUACCCAGAAUUGCUGGAGUCAUUGGUAUGGGUUUAUUUUCACUCAAACGUUCAAGAAUUCAAUAGGGUCGAGUGUUGGGGUCCGUUGGUGGAAGCUACAGCACCUUCUAGCGGAACCGAUGAUGACGGUGCCGUGUGCCAACGAGGAAAAACAAAAGAAAUAUUGGGAAGUAAUUGGGAAUUGCCACAGUCAUGCCAAGAUGAUUGUAAAUGUUGUUUUCCACCAAUGAGUUUGAUCCCAUGGUCACCAAAGCACCCUCAUGAAAAUGAAAAAAUUGGGACCCAAGAUCAGCAAUUGCCUUCACCAAAUGUGAAAACUAUUGAAUGAAUGACUGGUGUGGAGUUAAUUGAACCAAUUGUUUUUCAUUGUUAUUGAUUUGUCUCUGGUGAAAGGAAAGAUGUAAAUAACAAAAUAUCAUAUUAUUGGGUUGGCAAUUAUGACAUUUGUGUUUGCUUCUUGUUUA